AUGAAUUAAUAAAUAAAGGAACCACUUAAUCCAGCAGUUUGUGAAGUUUUUUAAAAACUCUUAUCAGAUGUAUUCAUUAAGAAGAUAUGGAAGGUAUGAAUGAUACACAAAAGUAGGAAUUCAGAGAAUCAGGUAAUUUAUCUGAAGGUAAAAUGACUAAAUCUAAUUUCACUAAAGAAAUGUUAAAAUAACUUAAAUUACAUGUUAAAAGUAGAGAAUAUAGUUAUAUUUCAUCUUAAUUCUUUUUAAUUUUGGCACCUGAAGAAUUUACAAGAUAUUAAAAUAAAAUGAAGAAUGAUUUUGAAGCAAUUGUUGAAAGAUCAUGUGCUGAAUCAUAUAGAUUUGAUCCAGAUACAUAAUUGGUUAGAGAACCUGCUUAAAGAAGAGAUAAUUAAUCAGAAAAACAUUAACCACCAGAUUAAGCAUUUGAAAAUUGGUUUAAGUAGAAUUAUGAUUAAUAAUUUCUUAAAUGGUUUGGAACUAAUUAUAAUUCAGAUAAAAAAAAGAUGAAGAUAUCUGCUUUAGAUAGUUUAUUUGAAAGAUGGUUUAGAUCAAAUAAUGUAUAACCAAUAUUUGAAAAAGCAUAAUAAGAGAAAUCUUAAUAAGAGAAAACAUAUUUUGAAAUUUGGGUUGGUAAGAAAUUUGAAACAUUAUUUGAAAAGUUAUUUGAAAGUAAUAUCUAAUAUUUAUUAUAUAGGAUUUUAAUUAGAAUUUGAUGAUAAAAUUGAAAUAUAAGAUUUAGUUUUAUCUCUUGGAGUAUUAGCAAGAAUGGAAUUAGAGAAAAAAUUAGAAUUGAUAUUUGAUUUAAGUGAUGUUGAUGAAGAUGGAUGUUUAUCUAUUGAUGAUAUAUAAUAAAUGAUUAAAAGAAUAGAAAAGAAUUUUACAAGAGAAACAUCACUUAUUACUAGUGAUUCAUAAGCAUUAUAAAAUGAAUUGGCAUUUAAAAGAGCUAUGAGAAAGUUUUCAUGGGCAACUAUUAAAAUGGAUAAAUAAAUUGAAAUUAAAAAUGAUGAAUUAGGUUUAAUUGAAGGUAAAAAAUUUUUAGAUUCUCUAAAAUAAAAUAAAAUGUUAUUUGAAACAUUUUUACCUGGUUAAUUAUUAUUAUAUGAUGUNAAAAUAACUUAAAUUACAUGUUAAAAGUAGAGAAUAUAGUUAUAUUUCAUCUUAAUUCUUUUUAAUUUUGGCACCUGAA